UCGCACAAGAGGGAUAACGUGUAUGUGAGGUAUCUCGUCUUUCACGAAUUCAAGUACAAGUGUGGAGGGGAUCGAAAAUAUAUGCAUUAGUGAAAUAUUGACGUAGGUCAGAGUCACAAAUGACUCCGGCAUCGAAAUUCACGUUUUAGUAGUCGGAGGAUUAAUCGAUUAGGGAUUAGAGGCAUUUGACAUUUCCAUCAGCUGAUAGCGUUCAAUAUGGCCGAUGAGAAAACACGUUGUCGCAUUACAGUCGUAGAGACGCCUACAAAUGAUUUACAUCGUUCACGAAGCUGAAACAGAUUACGAGAAAGUUUUUUGAACAGCAUAUUUCACGAUGGCUGGUAGCGAGGAAGUGCUCGAGGGAUUCAUCUGCCCGAUAUGUAUGACAGAUUUCAAAGCACCUAAUCAAUUAACGAAACAUUUCGAGGAUUUUCAUAACGACGAUCCAGAGAUCUUAAAGUCGCUUAAAGAUCUUUUCGGCAAAGCUAAGAAAAAGAUCUUGAAGCAAGAUGACAUGUCUGACUCAUUUACAAGUACUAUACCAACGUCGACUACGAGACGCAGUCCCGAGCUUAACUGGGGUCCACAAGAAAUUGGAGCAACAAGAUCGCAUACAGUAUACUUUAAAGAAAUAAGAAACGCAAGACUGGAGGGAUAUUCCUCGGAAACGAAUAAGCUUCUCAUAAGACUAGACAAAUUACUGAACAAUUUACCAGCAGAUCCUAUCGAUAGGAAAGUUCACGAAUGCACGAUAGUCCCAUGGAUAGACGAGAAGGACGUGAAACUGUGUCCUACUUGCGCGAAGAGUUUCCACGUUGCGCGAAGAAAACACCAUUGCAGACUUUGCGGAGCUGUUAUGUGUCACACUUGUACAAUAUUUCUAUCUUUACAAGAUGCAAGAAAAAUGACGUGUCCUGUGUCUGUACAAGACGAUUCGAUGGUAUCUCCUACUUCCGAGCGGCCGAUUUCCGAACGUUUGGUACGCGCGGGUAUCGGUCUCACAAAACUGGCGAGAUCACCGUUCAGCGGUAGUUUAAACAGCGUGUUGUCUCUGGUCAACGAUUCCACGGGCAAUGAACAGCAUUUCAAGAUCUGCACGCAUUGCGCGAAUCGGCUGGACGCGAGGGAAAAGCAGAAAGCGAAACAUUUCGAUAAGCCGAUCGUGUGUCAAUUUUACGAAAAGAUGAGGGCGUAUAUGGAAGAGGCUUCGCAGCACGUGAAGAUGUACAACAAAAUGUGGGAAUCGUUGAACGAGGGAGAAUCUACGUACAACUUAGAUGACGCUCAAGCCUUAAGAGUUAAGAUCGCGAAAUUAGGCGAGAAUAUAGAUUUAAUUAGCAAAAGAAUAUCGGUACUUGGAACGAGAUGCGUGGAGAAUCCUCCACAGCCACAGGAACAGCAUUUGCAUCACAUGGUUCGAGUAUCCGCGAUGAUCUUUUUGAAAGAAGUGUUGUUAAGCGUACAAGCUUUGCCUUCCCAAGAGAGAUACGCUGAAUUACAGAAUGAACGGCAAAGACGAUUGGAAGCUCGAAUCGCUUAUGAAAGACAAUUGGAAGAAGAGCAAAGAGAGAGGCCGAAAGAACAACGAAGAAAGGAAUCGUGGAAUCUCGAUGUUCGUUCUUCCGUGAAGGAAAAUCAGCCGACCAUAGUACAUUCACAAGGAUGGGGUCCUUCUACUGUUACUCCGAUGAUGCCUUCCUCUAUGGACCCCAUAAUCGAACAAAUGAGCAAUCUUCAAGCUUACAUCAAACAAGCCCGUAUCGAUUGCAGAUACGACGAGGUUGCAACGUUAGAAAGCAAUCUUAAAGAACUCCAAAGCGCCUACUUUGCUAUGAAACAAAGUAACAACAGCGAUGGAUAGAUCAUAGAUACAUUUGCAUUUUUUUAUUAGAUAAUUUUAAGACUUAAUAAAUAUUUCUACUGUAUCGAACGUUCCACUACAUCCAUUUUAUGUAUUAUUGCACAAUGUGAUAUACACGAAGAGUUCCUUUAUAUUCGUCAACUUGAUCCAGACCAUUUGCAAGAUGUUAUACAAACUGAUUUGAACUGUUACUGUACAUACCGAUAUAUUAAGAAAUAUCCACGAGUUUCAACAUGACGUGUAAAUGUACAAAGAUGAAGUAUAAAACAUCAUUAUAAUUUAUUUGUACAAUGCUGUACUUGUUAUAUUACAUAUGUCACGCUUCACAGGCCACGUAAAAUGUAAUGUGUGUUCAUAGGUAAAACAGGAAAAUGCGGAAUGUAUAUGAUACAUUCUUAUAUAUACUUAUACCUUGCAUUCUGUACAUUGAUAAAAAUUAUUAAACGCAACUGAAAGGCACUUA